AAAAUUCUAAAGUUUAUUUGCUAAUUGCUAAGUUUUUGGAAUUUGGGUUUAUGGUUACAAAGAUAUUCACUUUUAAAUUAUUGUUUUAAAAUGUAAAUAAUUACGCACUGAAACAUGUUUGGAGAAAAAGUUAUUGAUCUACUAAAGGAAGCCGAUAGAAAUCGAGAAACAUUGAAUCAGUAUAAUGACGACAAAAUAAGACAAAUUACCGAAGAAAUGCAUGCUCUCUUUAAAAUGAAUAUGAACGAUGCGAACGCAACAUCAGAAAAUAGAUCCCUUUGGACCACAGUACAAGUGAGACAUACAGCUUUAGAGAGAAACAAAAGAUGUUUACUGGCCUAUCUUUAUGAUCGUUUAAACAAGAUCAAAACUUUACGUUGGGAAUUUGGCGCAGUGCUGCCAGCUGAUGUGAGAGAACUUCUAUCAGAUCAUGAAUACGAGUGGUUUACAAAAUACUCUACAAACCUUGCUAUGUAUGUGCGAUCUCUAGGGGAGGAUAUUGGUUAUAAUGGAAUAGAUUUAACAGAAAAUCUUAGGCCUCCCAAAUCUCUAUACAUUGAAGUACUAUGUCUAAUGGAUUAUGGUAAAUUAGAAUUAGAAGACGGAGAUGUAGUUACCUUAAAAAAGAACAGUAGACACUUUUUACCAACUUCAGAAUGCCAAGUGCUAAUUCGUCAGGGAAUAUUAAAACAAAUUACAUGAUAUUGAGAGAACAAAAUAAACUUGGAAACUUAAAAUAAUAAUCAUUUGUGCGAAUCAUUUUGUGAUAAGUCUAAGAUAUAAAUGUGCUUGGAACUAGCCAAAAUAAAUAGUUUUGUAACUUUCAA